AUGGAAACCGUACCAGAACGUCCCUGGUCUAAUCAAGCUCAGAACAUUGUUAUUUUAUCCACAUUAUUCCUCGUCAUCUUCAUAGACGCCUUAGCAUAUUCAUUGUAUGCACCAUUUUUCCCAAGCGAGGUGAGAUGUUUUUUAAUUCUUUGUAUUGAAGGCAUUAUUUACAAUAUUUUCAAUGUCUCACUGUAUUUUCCAAAUGAAUUUUCGAAUGUAGUGCCUUUAUAGAAUAAGUUGUACCUAGUAGUGUCCACUGAUGACGGAUCUGAAAAUGCAAAUUUUCUCUCAGUUAAAUGCUCUUCUGCGUGUGCAUCUACUGAGCUGAUUAAUUAAAGUAUAAAAGCAGAGCUCAUUUUAUUUCAGUCAUUAUCUGUACAGCAUGGUGUAUAUAGUUCCAGAAAAUAUCCGUGCACCUCCCCCCCAACGGAAUGCAUUUUUGUUUUAGACCCUUACCCUCCUGGAAUUUCCAUUGCAAGAAGUGCUUGUCAUACCCCUCUUCCCCCUGCGAUUUCCGUGAUUUUUCCAUUUUGGCUGGGUAUCCUUGGAAAGACUAUAUAGCCGUCAAAAAUGUAGUUACACCGCCGUACUAUUAUGCGAAAUGUAAUUGUUUUUCCGAUAAAGUGCGAAAAAAAAAAAAUCUCUUUAUCCAUUUUAAUACAUAGUCUAGUAAACUUAAUUUUGCCUUGUAGAGGUCUUUUCUAGCUAAUGAUCUAACGGUAGGCCACUGCCGGAGGACCGUGGAGGCGAAUACCUUCUUACACUACAACACUACACGAGAGAUACCAACUGUAAAAGAAUCAGUUCUACAUUCAAACUAAACACCAAGUGAACUUCUUUUAGUUAAAACAUGAUAUAAAAGAAGGAAGCUUAGAACAGCACCACAUUACGAUGAAUACCACAAUCGUGAAAUCAAGCAACAGAUAGAUAAGCGGAAGUUUAUUCAUGAGCCGAUGACAACUGUAUUAAAAAAAAAACGAUCGCGUAAGCCGUGAAAAAAGCAUUCAGCAGACUGUAAUUAGAUGAUCAUCAAUGAAAACAAUAAUUCUUGUUUUGAAACACUGGAAGAAACACUCGGAAAGGCCACUCCCCUUCCCCAUCGGAAAUUACCUCCUUUGGACUGACCCCCCUCCCCUCAGAAUUUCUUUUGCCCUCCAUAGGGAGAGUAUGGAUGUUUUCUGGAACUACAAAUUCCAUAAAAAAAAUUACCACUUUGCUGUAAGUAACUAAUUAUAAUUCCAUUGGGUUAUAGGUUAGUUUACAAGUUAACACAAGCAUAAGCAUAAGUAGGGAGUGGUGGCGCGCCCUUCGACCUUUCUCAUAAAUCUUCUCCUCACAGGGUAAAGCAAAGGCAAACAGAGCAUGAAAAUUUAUUCACAACUUUAUUUUCAUUUCUUUCGUCUGAUAUUAUAAGCUUAGAUAAGUCGUUUCCACAAGUAUAAUUAAAAAGGACUGAAAUUAACGAGUCAGCCGAUAAGACCCUGCAAGCAUAAGCAAAAGAAUAAACCAUCCAAGUUACAAAUCAUAAAAAAAAACUCUAGAUGCCGCGCUAGUUUUGUUCAAUUCUGCCGCUAAACUUUAGAAUGAUUUACCCCCGCAAGACACAAGAUUGGUAAAAACUUUGGAACUCACGAUGAAAUAGCCCCUUCUAUCCUAAGGAAAUGUUUGUAAACUUUCUUCACAAUUCAUAGUAUUACUCAACCCUAUUGUAAUAGGAAAUAAUGUUAUAGAGCAAGUUAAAUGUUAUUAGAUCUUAGGCGUCAAUUUGAGCAAUGACCUCAAAAAUGGAAUAACCAUGUGGAUUACAUUGUUAAGAAAGCCUGUGAGAAAUUAUAUUCCCCAAGGGGUACUGCUUAGAGCGGGUGUUAGUAAAUUUAGCAUUCUGAAAUUAAAGUACAUCUUACUACGAUAAGACCAGUUUUAGAAUGCGCUGUGCCCGUGUGGCAAUCCUAUCCCAGACUACUUGGCUAGCGGAUGUAAUAGAGUCAGUGCAAAAGAGGGCACUUAAGAUAGUUUUCCCUGUGGAGAAAUCCUGCACGGAGGCCCUGUGUCAAGCAAACUUGCCAACACUGCAAGAGAGAAAAGUCAUUUUCUAGUUAUAUUGUUACCUACGCCUGUUGCAGGUACUUGUAAUUACAAGCUCAGAAAGAACUCCGAGAAAUUCCUUCCAUUUAAUGGUGUAAUUACUUGUAGAACCAAGAGGGCAGAUUCAUUUUUUACGCUUAGAUAUUCUAAGUAAACUUUUACAAGUAAUAUUAUAAUCAUUAUUCAUAUUUGUAAAUAUCUAGGUAAAUUAGUAGUAUUUUUACGGUUUAUUUUUAAAUUAGUCUUGUAAAUUUUUUGCUCACCAAUUCAGUAUUGAUUUUGCAGCAAUGAGUAAUAAACUUUCCUAUCAAGAGCAGUGUAGUAUUCACUUGCCAUUUUAUUGCAUUUUUGUUUUAAACAUCCAUGCCACACUCAUGGGCAUUUAUCUCUAGUUGCUAUUUAUUAGUUCUUUUAG